AUGCCUCCAAAAUCAAAAAAUAAAGCAAUAAAAAAACAAAAUGAUCAAAACCAAUUUUCUAAACGACGUUUUAAUAACACGCCUACAACCAUUUUAAGCUGGCCAAUAAUAUCAACAAAAUCAAAUCUACAGAUCGAAACAAUUUAUCAAGAUCAGAUAGUAAUAAUACCAUCAUUUUUUACACCGAAAGAGUGUGCGAAUAUGAUAAAUUUUAUUAAUAAAUCAAUCUCAUUAGAAUCUGCUAAUCAAUCAUUAAAGCCAAAAAAAGGAGAAGCAUAUAGAGACAAUGAUAGAUUUUCUAUAGAAGAUAUAAAAUUUUCUCAAGAAUUAUAUGAUUCAGGAUUAAGUCCUUUAGUAUCAAAUUGGUCUUCAACUUUAACCAAGAAACCUGCCGUGGGAUUAAAUCCAAAUAUUAGGAUUUAUAAAUAUAGUAAAGGACAAAAAUUUGGACAGCACUAUGAUGAUUCUGUACAAGAUUCUUUGGGUAGAAUAAGUGAAUGGACUUUAUUAAUUUAUUUAAAUGGUGGCGAUAAUGAGAAUGAAGUAUCUCUGUAUGGAGGAGAGACCGUCUUUUAUAAGAAAAAAGAAGAAAUUGUAAUUAAGCCAGAAAGAGGAAUGGCUUUAUUACACAAACAUGGACAUGAUUGUUUAUUACAUGAAGCUAAAGAAGUCAAAAGAGGCUUUAAGUAUGUGCUAAGAAGUGAUUUAAUGUUUUAG